AUGAGCGACGAAGCCACCAAGGGAACUGAGCUGGAGCAGGUUCCUCUGAAGACAGACACGGACGCUGGUGUCGACGUGCCGACGACGGCUCCUCCUCUCGUCGAGACGCCCAAAUCGAAGAAGACCUGGUUCACUUGGAAUGUAAGCGUUUCCACAAGAUUUUCAUUCUCAUUUUUACCUUUCUUCAGAAGAAGAAGACGUUGGCUGCCAACGGCGCUGAGGUGACCGUCGAGGAGGGCAAUGUCGUCGUGGAAAAGCCCAAGAAGAACUGCUGGUGGAGCAAGUCGUGCCCAAAAAGCGAAGCUGAACAGAAGGCCGAACAACUAUCAAUGGGUCUCAACCUGGUGGAUCGCGACGAGAAGGGCAUCAACGGACACGUGCAGUUCAACUUCGACGACAUCUUCGGCGAGGCCGACAGCCAGCAUUCCUGGGACUGCGUCUGGCGUCUCAUUUUCAAAGUCUUCACGUCAGUUUUUCAUUGAUUUGAUUUCCACAGAAUCGUUCCAGCUAGAAAACUGAAAUGAAAAGGAUUUUUCAGAUGGACGCGACUGUUCGUUUACCGAGUUCUGUCUCUGAUCGUGGCCAUUCCGAUCGCCAUCGUCUUCGGCAUCCUCUUCGCCAUCGUCUCUGUCCUCAACGUCUUCGCCUGUGUCCCACUGGCCAAGCUUCUGAGCAUCCCCGCCAACUGGAUCGCCAAGGUUUGUCGACCUCCUCUCUCGGACUGUUUCUGAUGGCCUCGUUUGCAGACGUGGAACUGGUUGGUGAGGUCUUUAGUGGACCCUGUGGCGUCGUCGGUGGGACUCAUCUUCAGUUCUUGCACUAUCCGCAAGUACGGCAUCAACUCGCAGCCAACCGACCCACUCAUCUGA